AUGGCUCUGUCUACUCUUCAGUUAAUAAAUCAGAUUUUCAUUGCCUCUGAAAUUUUAUUUUUUAAUAUUUUUGGACUAUUUGGGAACGUCAACUUUAUUGUACUUACGGCUACUAAAAACAAGCUGAAGUCGAAGUCAUCUUAUUUGCAAUGUGCAUUGUGUUUUUCUCACAUCAUUUGCUUACUCUUUGAGCUUCCAAACGCUGGAUUAUUGUUCACUGGCAUUCAACUGAAACGCAAUGAAUGCUUCUCUGCAAUUUCAAUAUAUGUUUUCUUCAUUUGUGCGCAAGCAGUAAUCAUCCUGAUGAUGACAAUUGACAUAUUCGUUAUAAUUUUCCUGCCAACUUUCUACCGAACUAUUACCACGUGGAAGUAUCUUACUGGAAUGCUCACUAUCCCAGUUUUCUAUUCGUCUGGAAUUGUUGCCUGGGGAUUUAUAUUGAUGGAUGAUGAGAUCGUAAUGUUCUGUAACCCGCCACUUGCGCUCUAUCCCACAGUGUCCCGGUUCUGGACAUUUUCUAACGUCGUUAUAAAUACAAUAACGCUGAUUUUGUUUAUCAGCUUAAUUUUGGUAUUUUAUUACAAAGGAAAAACACAGAAAAGUGAUACCAGGAAAAUCAUGAAGCGGCUGAAAGUAUCAAUUAUGUUUUUCAUUUUCACCUGGUAUAUCGGAUUGUUAGCCGCUGAUUUGUUUGUCGCUCUUGGUUUCACUGGACCAACUUUAAUAUUUAUGAUGAGUAAUUUGGUUUUCUUCGUACUAAUCUCCUAUUCUCAGUUUUUCUAUAUUGUCAUUUGGAGAUCCCCAGACUAUCGUAACGCGUUUCUGGAAUCGUGGAGCUGUAUUCCAUGCUGUCGCAAGCUGCACAAGAUCUACAAGAAAUCUACAAAAGUAUCAGCUACAGGACAUUCUCAACAAGUGCAUUCAAUAGUUUCAUCAGCAAAUUAAAUGAUUUUAUUCAAAUCAAGCACACAUUUUUCCAGUAUUCAAACUUUUUUAAACUCUCUAUUGAUACCCGUAAUAUUAA